GCAGGCGCAGAGGCGGGCUCCGAGCCGCGGGAGCCUCCUGGUGUUUACCAACAGUGGGAUUCUGCGUGUGCGUCGCCCCCUGGGCUUCCGAGCGCCUCCCCAGCUCCCUGGCACGGCGCUCGUCGGCGCUUCCUCUCGGGCUGCACCAUGCCCACCGUGCUGGGCUUCGAAGGCAGCGCCAACAAGAUCGGCGUGGGAGUGGUGCGGGAUGGCGAGGUGCUGGCGAACCCGCGGCGAACGUACGUCACGCCUCCCGGCACAGGAUUCCUUCCUGGUGAUACUGCCCGGCACCACCGAGCUGUUAUCCUAGAUCUGCUGGAGGAAGCCCUGACAGAGGCUGGGCUAGCCUCUCAGGAUGUUGACUGCAUUGCCUUCACCAAGGGUCCUGGCAUGGGUGCCCCCCUGGUUUCUGUCGCUGUUGUGGCUCGCACCGUGGCCCAGCUGUGGAACAAGCCGUUGCUAGGUGUGAACCACUGUAUAGGCCACAUUGAAAUGGGCCGUCUCAUCACGGGAGCCACCAGUCCAACUGUGUUGUACGUCAGUGGGGGAAACACACAGGUGAUUGCGUACUCAGAACAUCGUUACCGCAUCUUUGGGGAAACCAUCGAUAUUGCUGUGGGUAACUGUCUGGACCGUUUCGCUCGAGUACUGAAGAUUUCCAAUGACCCAAGUCCUGGCUACAACAUCGAACAGAUGGCCAAGAGAGGCAAGAAACUAGUUGAACUGCCCUAUACUGUCAAGGGGAUGGAUGUCUCAUUCUCAGGGAUCCUGUCUUUUAUUGAGGAUGCAGCCCAGAGGAUGCUGGCCACAGGGGAAUGUACUCCUGAAGAUCUGUGUUUCUCCUUGCAGGAAACUGUGUUUGCAAUGCUGGUAGAAAUCACGGAGCGAGCUAUGGCACACUGUGGCUCCCAGGAGGCCCUCAUUGUCGGAGGGGUGGGCUGUAAUGUGCGGCUACAGGAGAUGAUGGGGAUAAUGUGCCAGGAACGUGGAGCUAAGCUUUUUGCCACAGAUGAGAGGUUCUGCAUUGAUAAUGGAGCCAUGAUAGCUCAGGCUGGCUGGGAGAUGUUUCAGGCCGGCCACAGAACUCCACUCAGAGAUUCUGGGGUCACACAGAGGUAUCGGACAGAUGAAGUAGAAGUGACCUGGAGGGACUAGCAAGAUGAACAGGAUCUGAGAGUUUGCUCAGGGGAGCCUGCAGACCCUGGGUCUUAGUCUCUGUCCUGCCAUAGGAGCCGGGCCACAGCUGUGGACUCCCUGUCACCCUGGCGAAGCUGUGCACUGUAAGCAAGGUUGGCAUCCCCUGAGGAAUCCCAAGAUGACUCAGCAAUAAAGUAUUUUUGGUUUU